CUUUCCCAUUUGACCAUUUCAUAAUUUAUCCCUUCCUUUCUUUUUCUUUUUCUUUUUCUUUUUUAAAGAAUUUUUUUUCUCUCUCUCUCUCUGUCUGUCUCUCUCGAUCUGGACCAUGGAAGAUGAUGGAGCAUGCAACACAAGGCUCCAACUUGGACUUGGCUUGGGCGAACAGGCUCCGAGGAACGAGAGACACGAUGAUGAUCAUAAGGCCGAAAAGUCUCCGGUUUGCUUGGGCUUAACGUUUGCUCUUCGCCCAGAAGAGGAAGGCGCCGUCGACGUGGAUCAUAACGCAACUGACAGAUCAUCAACGCUCAAAAACAUCGACAGGGACGAUGAAGACGAACACCCGAAAAAGGAAAAUGAUUCCAAUUACAAACACAGCAAGAUGAUCAAGCUGGAAGGUGGGAGAAGGAAACUGAGGCUCACUAAAGAGCAAUCCAUCUCGCUUGAAGACAGCUUCAAACUUCAUAGCACCCUUAAUCCGGCACAGAAGCAGAUACUAGCUGAACAAUUGAAUCUGAAGCCCAGACAGGUGGAAGUUUGGUUCCAAAAUAAAAGAGCAAGAACCAAGUUAAAGCAGACAGAAGUAGACCAUGAAUUCUUGAAGAAAUGGUGUGAAAGUCUAGGCGACGAGAAUAGAAGAUUGAAGAAAGAAUUGCAGGAGCUACGAUCGCUAAAAGUUGGAUCAGGACCAUCACCUUUAUACAUUCAACUCCAAAAGGCUGCAACUCUUAGGAUGUGCCCCUCGUGUGGGAAAAAUCCUACAUGCUAAUGAAAGGGAAGAACGCGGCGGCCGGUCUUCGAUCGAUUUUGUCCAGAAGAAUAAGAAAUUGUAGAUCGAUCGAGCGGCUUUGUGCUGCCUGCAAACUGCUCGAGAGAUGUUUUAUUUGGUUAUGGCCAUAGAUGCAAUUUUAACAACAGUCAAUGCAAAAACUACUGUUAUUUGUUAUUAGUUAUUCCUUUAUCAAAAUAACUAUUUUAUACCAAAA